AAAUUAAAAACAAAAAACAUUUGGGAAUUUGAAAACAAACAAACUAAAACAAUUUCUUACAAACAACAAACAGCUGAAAUUUCAAACCUCCGGCCUAAAUAAAAUGCACAGAUAUAAGGAUGGUUUAAAUUAUGUGCCACUAUUGGCGGCGCAAAGUGCCUCACACAUGAACUUUGGCAGUGGAGUUUGUCUCAACUCAGCGCGACGCACUGCAAGCGCUCCGCCAACAAGAAGCAGUGUAAUUUGCUACAAUGGCAACUAUGAAGGCGAUCUCAGCAUGUUCGGCACCAAGCCCGUACUGCACACGCUUGCAGCGUCGUCUCAACAACGUCUAGAGCUGGUCGAAACCGAUUCGGAUACCGAGUAUAAGCGCGAGUUGCAAUCAUAUCAAGAACCACCGCGUAGCAGUCAAACUGAAAGUCAAUUGAAGCGUUUGCUAGUCCACUACGGCGAUCGACUGUUGAGUUUGAAGCGACGCAAACAGGUCACAGCAUACACGAGUCGGAUCUGCAAGAGUUCAUAUUACCAGCGUACGUGCGAACUGUUGUGUAGAUCCUGCACUUGGACACUGUGGCUACUGCGUCUGAUAUUCUUCACACUCCUACGCUUCACCAACAGCACCUACGGUUGCUGGCGCAGUUGUAUCAUAUGUCGGAAUUCAGCGCGCCGUUUGCUCUGGUGGAUGACGUUGGCGAAAUGCGGUGAUGUGAAGCUGUUCGUUAUGAUUUUAUUGGGCACACCAAUUGUUUUUCUCAUCGCCAUUGUGGGCCUUCUACUGGCCAUUUAUUGCGCUCUUCGAGAAUAUUGUGGCAAUGCAAAUCUCCUGCGUCGAUUUCGUGUGACAUGAGCAAUACUUGCAAAUAUUUUAGACUCACACACAUUACAUAUACAGUUACAUAGCAUAUACUCACGAAAAAGUAGAGAAAUGAUGCUAAAAGCCAGACGAAAUUCCAUAUGCCACUUUUAUAAAGCGUUUACCACAAAAAAAUAAGCUGCAUUAUGACAUGAUAAUAUAUUUUACAUGAUUUUUAU